CAACAGACACCAACUUUGCUUUUGAGCAGCUUCAAGAGACCUGCGCCGUUCAGCUCUGCUGCGUAUCCAAGCUCCUUGCAUACUCAAUAUCGGAUUACCGUGGCAUCUACAGUCGCUGUUGCCUGAUCACUCCUUGCAGCCACGCGCAUCAGCAUAGCAUCGGCAUCUAUAUAUCUCGACAAGUUCAGUGUUCAGACAAGGACAUCAAGGCCAAAAACCAUCCAACAUGUCUCGCAUCCAGAUUCCCCUCGACCUCAUCACGUCCCGCCUCAACCUUGGAGAGCGCUUCCAAGGCCUCCGUGCGGGACCUCUGAGCGGCCGUUUCUCCAAUCUGCGCCCCAUCUCCGAGUUCUUCGACUUCAAGCGUCUGUCCAAGCCGGCCAACUUCGGCGAGGUGCAGUCCCGCGUCAACUACAACCUGGGCCACUUCUCCAGCAACUAUGCUGUCGUCUUUCUCAUGCUCAGCAUCUACGCCCUCUUGACCAACUGGCUUCUGCUCUUCGACAUCAUCUUCGUUAUCGGAGGCAUGUUUUUAAUCAGCAAGCUUGACGGCCGAGAUCUCGAAAUUGGAACAUUCAAGGCCACCACUUCCCAGCUUUGGACUGGAUUGUUGGUCAUCAGCAUUCCCAUUGGUCUUAUUUCUUCUCCAUUCUCGACCCUGCUCUGGCUCAUCGGAGCUAGCGGCGCGAGUAUUCUCGGCCAUGCGAGUUUCAUGGACAAGCCCAUCGAUGAGGCUUUUUCCGGGGAGGCGGUCUAAAUGGUCGGCCGCGAGCUCCCAAAUUUGC